CUCGGCGGGCUCCCCCAGGCCGUGACCCGAACAGGAGGGGGCGCACUUCACCCCUACUCCAACCAUUCAGGCUAAAUAAGACGUGUCUCAUCAGAUCGCUCGCUCUUAUCUCCAGCCAAUGCCAGCCCGGCUACUUUUGGCAUGAUUUACGGCGAAUCUGAGCAAGAAAUUUGCUCUCUCUCUCGGCCCCUCGCCACCCCCGCCUUCUAGGGAGUGUUUCCUGCCGAAAACUCACAGCACAGACGACUUUAUUUCUGUUCUCAUAUCGAGUGUGGUGUUCUCCUACAUGUGACGUGGCCAGGCUGAGGUAACCGUGAGGCCUGGCGGUGUGUUAGCGAGACUAACUGCAUUACACAGGAGUUUAUUUGAAGUCGGGUGAGAGAGAGCGUCUGUUGGGACGAGGGAAGGGGAGGGAGGGCAGCGCGCAUAAACAAGGUCCCGCCAACCCGGGCCUGACACCAGGGCCUUCUGAUGGACCUGUAAUCCUGCAAUGAUUGACGCCGGUUAUUAAUUAGUACCAAUGACAUGCUCCCACUCCCGUGCGCGAGGGGCAGGCCGGGAAGGCUGGCAAUGACUGGAUGAUGGACGAGACUUCCUCUCAGCAUCUGUAUCCUCACUCCAGUGUAGCGGGAACAAGCUCGCCAUACAGGUCCAGUCUUCGGAACAAUAGCAAAAGGCGUACUGUUUGCUUUCCUGUGCUGGGAAGGGCGCAGUGUAUGUGUGAAUGGGAGACGGAGUAGACCACGGAUAAGCCGCGUCCUCGUACUAUCGCCCCGCGUGCAGGGUCUUAUCUAAAUCCCAACCCUCCAACCCUCCCCCAUUGUCAGCUAUUUUGCUUGCACUCCAUCACCUUUUUUACUUAUCGGAGCGGAAGCGAGAAGUUUUGAGGAGAGAGGGCACACGCCGAGACGAGCGCGGCGAGAGGCGGUUGCGAGCGGUGCGUGUGACGGGACAUGGAAGCCAACAGUCCGCUCUCGCCUAAAGCCAAUGCCUUCAGCAUAGCAUCACUGAUCUCAGCUUCGGAACAGGGUGGACUUCUCAUGAGCGAGCUGCACGGUAAGGACCAAGGAAUAGACGACGGACAAGACUGGGGGAUGCAGUACCCAUCGAUCCCGAGAGACAUGGAAGCGAGCUGCAUGUUGAGCAACCAGCGGCUGCCGGGGCACCAGCUCGCGCACAUGACGGAGCACCCGUCGGCGUUCGGCGUGACCCAGGCCCGAGGCGAGGCCUACGACAUCCCGGGGAUGGAGUCGUGCCGGAACGGGGCCGGGGGGCUCCCCAACGGGAACGAGAACAAUAACCUGUUGAACGAUGGAGUUAAGGACGAGAGAAAACAGAACCCCAAAGUUGCCAAUGUGAAGGUUAUGUUGGAGAUGAAGGCGUUGUGGGACGAGUUUCACGAGUUGGGGACCGAGAUGAUCGUGACCAAGGCCGGCAGACGAAUGUUCCCGACGUUCCAAGUGAAAAUGUUCGGUCUGGAGCCGAUGUCUGACUACAUCCUGCUGAUGGAUUUCGUGCCCGUGGACGACAAGCGGUACCGGUACGCGUUCCACAGCUCGUCCUGGCUGGUGGCCGGGAAGGCCGACCCCGACAUGCCGAGGCGCAUCCACGUGCACCCCGACUCGCCGGCCAAGGGCGCGCAGUGGAUGAAACAGAUCGUCUCGUUCGACAAACUCAAGCUCACCAACAAUCUACUGGACGACAACGGGCAUAUAAUCCUAAAUUCCAUGCACCGGUACCAGCCCAGAUUUCACGUGGUGUACAUCGAUGGGAAGAAAGGCGACUCAGACACCGUCCACGAAAACUACAAAACUUUUAUUUUUCCUGAGACCAAAUUCACAGCCGUCACGGCGUACCAAAACCAUAGGAUAACGCAGUUGAAGAUCGCUAGCAACCCUUUCGCCAAGGGAUUCCGGGACUGCGACCCUGACGACUGUGUUGUAGAGGUGCUGACACAGAUUCCUCCGUCCCAGCGGCCCAGGAACCAUCACCGACCCUCAUCACUACAACUGGUGGGCGUCACGCGGACACGCACCGUGGGCCAGAUGAAUACAAGUCAGGACCAAGAACGAAGAGACCGGCCGGAGGAGACGUCGCAGUGCCAGAGUUCUCCCAUCGUCUCCCGGGUCCUCAGUCCCAACCUGGCCGGAGGGGGGAUGCACGUCAACCUGCAGCGCCCGGAACAGACUGCGCUGGCGCACACCAGCCUUCCCGACAACUCCUACAAGUACCACUAUAACGGCUACAUGGCGGCGGCGAAGACGCGACCCACGCCGUACCCUCUGCCUAGCAUGAGACCAACGGGGUACCAUCCAGUCAACAACAGUCUAUACGCGCCGUGCACGAGAAGUUCGCCCUACGACUUAGAUCCGCGGUGAAAACUUGUCGCAAAGACUCUACUGCUGGCCACAUUGUAGCAAAUUAGUCCAUUUAGUUGAAGUUCGCUUACGUCUACGUAAAAUUCAAAAUUGUGUCAUGACCGGUUUUCUCAGACGAAAAUCAAAGAUUGUUCUAGACUGACUGAGUUCUCUGUUGAUACUAUACAGCAGUAUAUUUGUUGCUAACAUCCCCUUUCCACUUGAGGUUGUGACCGAUGAGCGACUGAAUAAUUGGCAGAUCACUCAACAAGUUUCAUAGACAAAGAACAAUUUUACGUAGUACUUUGCAUCCACUUUGCGUGGAUCAUAUUCAAAUUAUACAAACCCAUUUUUGGCCGUGCAGCGAUCACCCUCUGGUGGAAAGGGGCCUAUUGAAUUCGAAGACAAUGCAAGUUGGAGAAGAGAUACGAGUGCAAAUAUUGUUACGUACUGCACUUAUAAAAAUGAACUUUUGUAAGUCUUGUAACAGAAUGUACAAAGAACACAACCCUCUGACGCAGUGCCUGCUAUCAAAUAGUUCCAUGUUCUUAACGUUUCUACUACACACUAGAUGUAUAUUUAUAGUUUCGACCCGUAACAAAACCGUUCCACAGUCAUCACAUGUGUUUGUAAAUAUGAGAACUAUACAUCUUUUGUAUCGUUUCUAUGAUUGUUGCUUUUUUUCUUUGAUACAUGACUUUUUGUUACGUUCUUAUGGUUACAUUUUGAGGCGAUGUGGCUACUGAUAUCUUUUAUAAAUAUGUACAGAAAUCCGUUGCCCUAGUUAGACGAAGUUAUAUGUUAUUUAGAGUAUGUUUUGUAGACUAAGUAUCAAACGUGUAGACUAUAUUGAAAGAGGUAGCAGGUUAAAACUGAUUGGACACACUGUGCCAGUCGCCAUGACAGUCACGUGACCGCAUCUACCGCGCAGGCUCAGAAUGACCAUUAGAAAUGCGUGUCGAAUCGGUUCGGUUCAAGUUGGUUACAAAGUUCCGUAUGCUGCCUUCACAUGUAACUCUAUUUUUGGAACUAUUAAAAGUAUAAGUUAUAUCC